GGGCCCGGUUGAUUGCUCCCUACCCUUCUCCAACCCUAAUUUAAGGCUCUUCUGUUGCUCUUCCAUCGAAGCAUCACGCGGCCGCCGCUUCUCGUCCUCUCGUGCAUCUGCGAUCUGCAUCCGCGACCAUGGUUCUUCCGAACGACAUCGAUUUGCUCAACCCUCCUGCCGAGCUCGAGAAGAGGAGGCACAAGCUCAAGCGCCUCGUGCAGUCUCCGAAUUCCUUCUUCAUGGACGUGAAAUGCCAAGGCUGCUUCAACAUAACUACUGUUUUCAGUCACUCGCAGACCGUGGUGGUGUGCGGCAAUUGCCAGACGGUGCUCUGCCAGCCAACGGGCGGUCGCGCCAGGCUCACCGAGGGGUGCUCCUUCCGGCGCAAAGGAGACUAGGCACUCUCCUCUUCUUACUCUGCUUCUAAGGUUUUGGCACUUACUUUCAUGUACUUUGAUCAAGUUUCGUCCUUUUGUUUUAACUUUAUGAAUCAUUGUGUAAACUGAUGAUUUUGCUGGUAUGGAACUAUUUGUUUCAAUUAUGAUCA